GAUGUUACCAUUCGAAGCCUAUAUAUAACUCCAUAAAGAAACAUCGAUCUUUUAACUCACUGGUUCCUUCCCUUUGGCUUUUUAUUUCAUCUUUACGACAUUAAAACCAGACCAAACCAAAAAACAUUAAUAGUUUUUACCACCUUUUUAAAAAAAAUUCUCUCCUUUUGAUCCUAUCUUCUCCUUUUUGAACUUUGAAGGGAGGUGAGCAAAAAUGGGAAGAACGCCUUGUUGUGACAAGAAGGGUUUGAAGAAAGGUCCAUGGACAGCUGAAGAAGAUGAGAUUCUCGUAGAAUACAUCAAGAAAAACAGCCAUGGAAGCUGGAGAACUCUUCCAAAGAACGCUGGGUUACUUCGCUGUGGAAAGAGUUGUAGACUGAGAUGGACUAACUAUCUAAGACCAGACAUAAAGCGUGGUCCUUUCACUCCAGAGGAAGAGAAACUCGUCGUCCAGCUUCACGCCAUUCUCGGCAACAGGUGGGCUGCUAUAGCAGCACAGCUUCCAGGGAGAACAGACAAUGAGAUAAAGAACCUAUGGAACACUCACUUGAAGAAGCGUCUGCUAAAUAUGGGUCUUGACCCCAAAACCCAUGAGCCGUUACCUUCAUUUGGUCUAGCCAUCCAAGCUCCAGCAUCACCAACAACGCGCCACAUGGCUCAAUGGGAAAGUGCUAGGCUCGAAGCUGAGGCAAGGCUCUCUAGAGAGUCAAUGCUUUUCAAUCCUUCUUCUCUAGGAGGUGGAGGCAGAACUGAUUGUGAUCACUUCUUGCGCAUAUGGAACUCAGAGAUUGGUGAAUCUUUCAGAAACCUUGCACCGUUUGAUGAAACGACAACUACUACUAGUCAAAGCCCUUGCUCUAGGACAACAUCUUCCUCAUCAGCUGCACUUCCAAAGAGCUCAACAAACUCUUGUGUUGGGAAAGAGAUUGUUGUGAAGACUCAUCAUCAUGGCUCUGAUUCUUACUCUCCAUGUUCAAACAAUCUUGAAGAUGUUUCGUCAGACUCUGCUCUUCAGCUCCUGCUUGACUUCCCAAUAAGUGAUGAUGAUAUGAGCUUCUUGGAAGAGAACAUUAGCAGCUACUCUAAAUUCUAGUCAU